AUGUCAGCCCAAAAAGCACGUCAUAGGCUUCCGGUAUCUUGUGAGCCAUGCCGCGUUCGGAAAAUCCGCUGUACCCGGGAUACUCCACCAUGCGCCACUUGUGUUCGGCGUCGGAUUCCACUGGAGCAGUGCGUCUAUACAACAAGUAGACAGCCAAGAGUGUCCUCACAAACACAGUUGCAGUCGCGACAACAACAGGCAAGGCCAGAAAUCCCGAGGUCUCUCGAGGCCCCCUUGCAAUCCAGGCAGGAUAGCACUGGACAGUCCAAUGCAGAUCUCUUAGCGCGAAUCGAAAAUCUGGAGCAAUUGUUACACGCGAAGAAUCAACUCCAUAACAUUAAUUCCCCGCAGGCCACCGUUCCCGGUAUCCACCUAGAUGAAGAAGUUUCAUGGAGAUCACCACCUCCCACGGCCUCUGCAGGCAUACUUAUUCCGUCCACUUCAGGACACGUGCGCUUUCUUCCAGCCACUUCCAGCUGGCGCAUUAUUCAACGAGGGUCCCAAGAUGGCACUUUUCCGAACCAGGAGAGUGCUGUCACUGACACUCCCAGUGGCCCCUACCCCUUCGGCGAGCACGACACCGAAAAUCAGCCCAAUCUCUUAGCCAAGCUUCCCCCGGCAGAGUAUUGUGAUCAACUGAAAGACAUUUAUUUUCGAUCGUUUGCGCCACUCUUCCCCGUUUUACACGGUCCUACGUUUCACAGCCAAUACAGUGAAUUUUCUGAAAAUCCUCAUCAAACAUCACUAUCAUGGCUUGCUCUCUUAUUCACUAUCCUGGGCACUGCUGUCCUUGCCCUUGAGCAUGACAACCAUCUACUCAAAUCUCUGAGCCGAAAAGCCACCCCAUGGGACCGUAUCACCGAGAUCACAGAGAAAUAUUAUACCGCUGCGAUGAGAUGUCUUGAGGCAGAUCGUUAUCUUUGGCGACACAACAUCUCCACGCUGCAAGCUCUCCUUAUCCUCAUAUAUGGCAUUCAUCAUAGUCAUGGGCAAACGUGGUCUCUCUUGGGGCUCGUCUAUCACUUGGCCCUCUCAAUCGGCUGCCAUGUUGAUCCGGCAACAUUUCGCUUGGAUAUCGUCGAAGCUGAGGAGCGUCGUCGCGCUUGGUUAGCGUUGACAACUCUGCUUUGCAACCAAAAUCUCACAAUGACUGGAUUUGAUAUAUACCCGUCAGUGUUCUCCUCACGGGUUCUCCCCCCGGCCGAGGUCUACGAUGAGAGUAUCGUCCGUGGACAGCCAUUGCCAAUCCAACGGUCGCCAGGCAGCACACCUGUCUCAUACUUGGUACGGAAAUCGCAUCUUUUCCGCAUAUCCUCGGAAAUUUCCAACCCGAUCCUUGUAACCCAACCGGGGAAUUCUCCCGCUCUUCAUCGUUUAGAUGGCGCCAUACAAAUGGAAUUGAAUUCCUUGGAACAAAGCUAUGCCUCCAUGAUUGAGUUAAAUCUUUCAGUGGUCCACACCAAUCUGCUGCUGAGCUUCACUCACCAUCUCGUUUUACUUCUUCAUAGUGCUACUUUGGGUGACUUACAUUCCAAUCUCUCCCAGCAUCAAUGGUCGAAGCAACGCUGUGUUGAAAGCGCACAGCGAGUGUUGGAACUUCAUGCCGAUUUCCACAGACUACCCCAGUUCACACCUUUUCAAUGGUAUAUUCGUGGUCGAGGCUCUUUCCAUGCCUUCCAUGCCGCUUUUCUCCUGGUUCUCAUAGUUUCUAUACAUCCUGAAGAACCUUGCUUUCUAAAAGUCUUGCGGCUACUUCAUGAAUGCCAUGCUAGACUGGAGGCAUCGAGGCCUCAAAGUCAGUUAUGUACCCGGACUGCAAACAUUCUGGGCCAUAUAUUAGCGAGCCGAUUUGUUAAUACAUUAGAAAGGGUAUCAGCUGGGCUCGACGGUGAAGGAAUCAUGGCUGUAUCGCAGAAUGACUCCAAUGUCGAAACGAACCCCGGGAAUGGUGGAAAUGGCCAAGAUUCACUCUUCUCCGACGGUAUCGACUUUCCCAAUCUCGUCCGUCAUCUCGAUCCUCAGCAAUGGACCAACCCGGUCAAUAUGGAUUGGGACCAAUGGGAUCCGAUAAUCGCAUCAUUAGGAACUGCGCCUUGA